UCUUGGAACAAACAAUGAACCAAUCAAAUGGAUGAACUGAUAUCUCACGAAUGUCCCACUGCGCAAGGUCUGGUUUAAAGGUGGGUACUCCUGCACUUCAUCCGGCAGCUGGGGCAGAUUACCAAAGUGAAGCAGUAUACAAGUGAGUUCAUUCGCUCCAGUAAGUAUGAGGAAUGCAUUCACAGGAAUCAGAGCACUCUGGCUUUAGAAAGCAACGUCCCAGAGCAUUCUGCUGGUGUUAAUUUUGGCUACGAAACAGCAUUGCAGUUUUAAACUGUCGGGGAGCGAUUGUCUGUUCCCACAGCGGAGGCGCUUACGUCUGGAAGCAAAGUUGGACUCCGGAGCAGCUGUGGCUGGGCAGAGCUGCGCUCACUGCGUUUCCGAGGUACCGGUCAGCGGCUGCAGCUCGAGUCGGACUUCGGUGGCAUUGGCCCCUAAUUUCCUGGGCGUAAGCAUCACCGGACAGCUAGGAAGUCGGUGUGAAGGAUGUCGUCUUGUGGUAACUUCAGCAGCGUGCAGAAAGGUAGCAGCGUAAAGAGCAGCCUUCUACUGUUCACCGCAGGGCUGAUCGGCAACAUCAUCGCGCUGAUGAUACUCUGGAAGCACAAGAGGGAGAGCAAGGGGCAAGUGUCCGUCUUCUACAUUCUCGUCACUGAGCUGGUGGUGACAGAUCUACUAGGAAAGUGCCUGAUUAGCCCAAUAGUGUUCGUGUCCUACGCUACCAACCGUACAUUGACAGCCCUGGCAGAACACAACAGCCUGUGUCUCUACUUCUCUGUCGUCAUGUCCUUCUUCGGCUUGGCCUCGAUGUUCUUCUUGUUUGCCAUGGCAGUGGAGUGCUGGCUCUCUAUAAGUCACCCUUUCUUGUAUCAGAAGUACUUCACCAAGCGCCGAGUGGUUAUCGUUUUCCCCGCCGUGUACUUCUGCUGUCUGUUCAUUUGUUUAAUGCCCUUGCUGGGACUAGGCAGCAUCAAACAGUACUGCCCGGGGACCUGGUGCUUCUUUGACAUGACCAAUAACAACAACAAGUCCUUGUUCUUCUCCGUGCUUUACGCGACUCUCAUGGCGAUCCUCAUCGCCGCCGUGCUAGUGUGCAAUAGUUCCGUGGCAAUAACUUUAACCAAAAUGUACCGAAGGCACAAGGAAAUGGGCAGCAGCCGCGUGAAGCACUUCGAACGGCACCAGGAGCUGGACAACCUCGUCCUGUUGGUUCUCAUGAACGUUAUUUUCCUCAUCUGUUCUCUGCCUCUCACGAUUCGUGCAUAUAUUGGUGCAUUUGCUCCUGAUGGCAAAGAUGAAGAAGAUUUGAUUGCCCUAAAGUGUGCUUCGGUGAAUUCGAUCGUUGAUCCAUGGGUUUUCAUAAUUUUCAGAACAUCUGUUUUCCGGAAACUACUUUUUGUAUGUUUCAAAGAUUCUUCCACAAGGAUGAACUUACAGUCAGUGCCUGCUGUUGAAAAUUAAAACACUGUUCUUGAUAGUGGAAUUAUUUUAUUGCCUUGCUAUUUCUUUGAUUUUUCAAGUUAAAAUAAAAAUGGAGGCUCUUCAAAAGUGGAAGAACAAGGAAUACUCAACAAAAUUCCAUAGUAAUGGGCAUUGCUUUUAAAGUUGGUAAAGACAUUCCCAGUAAUUUUAAAGCUCUUAAAGUUGUGAAAGGCAUUACUCAAACUGGAGCAGAGAAAACUAAGAUUAAUUUAUGCAGUUGUAACCUUCUAUCUGUAAGUUGCAACCUAUUAUUAUUAUGUUUCUAUGUACGUAUAUAUUCAUAAUGUUUGCAUGCUUGUUAAUGAUUGUCUCUGGCUAAAGUAUGAAUCUAUACAACUUCAAUAAUAAUAUGUUUAAUGGACAAUUUUUGUCUGUGUUCCAACUUGUCAGAAUUGCUUUAAAUCUGGAUAAAUCCCAAUUUCAAUUUGUCUAGUUCUGUUUGCUGACUUAAUAAUACACCUGAGAUAGAUAUUUCAUUCUAUUUGGAGUUUUCACAGGACUCUAAAGACAUUUAGUGGGCACUAAAAAUAAUGUAAGUGCACCAGCAAUGUUCUGCAAGAUUUUUCAGAUUUGAAUCUUGUGAUAGUGGGCUUAAAACUAAACAUUAAUGUGGUGUUCACGAGCAUUAACAUCACCAUAAUAUGUCAACUCAUGGUCUGGCACAUGUAUUGAUAUCAAGCCAGUGUAUCAUUCCAGCCUCAAUGAACACACAGGCAUGCUUGGAGCAGUACCAUAAACACCUAAAAAUGAGGUUGCAGUACAGGACCUCAUACAUGCUAAGCUGCAAACACAGCAUGCAAAAGACAGAGAUAACCAAAUGAUCAGAUCAAACUCUGCAAUCCUGCCACAUCUAAUCAUGAAACACGAUGAACAAUUAAACACCUAAAAGGAGAAGGAGCAUCUAAAAACACUCCUAUUCUCUGUGAUGGCGUGGCCCUCCCUCUGAAUGCUAAAGUGAAGGCUGCAAUAUUCACAAUCACUUUUCGCUGGAAGAGCUGUGGAAACUUGACCAGCUGUGUCCUGUUCACGGAAGCAGAACUAAUCAAAGCUGACUAUUUAUAUUUAAACCUAUGCCUGUGCUUAUUCCAAUGAAAAGGCGGAUUUGUAAGUUCACAGGCAAUGGAGGCAUUGUGAAUAUUGCUCUUGCCACUGUAUGUAAAGAGUUUGUACGUUCUGUCAGUGACCUCGUGCAUUUCCUCUGCAUGCUCUGAUUUCCUCCACAUCCCAAAGAUGUACAGAUUAGCAAGCUAAUUGAUCAUAUGGGUGAAAUUGGCAACGUUGGCUCAUUGGGCUGGAAGGGCCUAUUACUGUGUUGCGUCCCUAAAAUAAUAAAAAAAAACUAAAAAUAGAUCACUUGGAUGAAGAAAUGACAAACAGAGUUUGAUCCAAUCAAGGUGAGUGUGAGGUGUUGCACUUUGGAAGAUCAAUUGUAAAGGGACAGUACAGAGUUAAUGGCAGGGUCCUUAACAACGUUGAUGUACAGAGGAUCUAGUAAGCAGUCAAUAGCUCCCUGAAAGUAGCUGCACAGGCUUAUGGGCUGGUAAAGAAAGGCAUUAGUCAGGCAUUGAGUUCAAGAAUCAGGAUGUUAUGUUGCAACUGCUUAGGUUAUAUUUGGUGUAUUGCAAUCGAUUCUAGCUUCCCCUUUACUGGGAGUUGUUGGAGAAAGUGCAGAAGCAGUUCACCAGAAUGCUGCCUGGAUUCAAGGGAAUGUGCUCCAAGAAGAGAUUGGACAAUGCUGGGUUGUUUUCACUGGAGCAAGAGGUUGAGAACCUGAUAGAAGGUGUAGGUAGACAGCCAGUAACUUUUUUCCAAGAGUCAAAAUGUCUACUAUUAAGCUGCAUGUAUUUAGGUUGAGAGGGGAUCAGUUCAGAGGAGGUGUGCAGGGGCAAGAUUUUUAAUAUAGAAUGUAGUAGGCACCUUGAAUGCACUGCCACAGGUGCUGGUAGAGAUGAAUACAACAGAGGCAUCUUAGAUGGGAUACAUGAAUAUGCAGAGAAUGGAAGGAUAUGGACACUGUGAAGACAGAAGAAAUUAGUUACUUAUUUAGUUUCGAGUUCAAUUAGUUUGGCACAAUAUUUGGCAGAUUAAUUGGUGACAAGAUGAGGGGUAAUGUCUUUGAUCUUCCUUAUUUUUAACCAUGUUAUUGACUUAUCCAGGAAGAUGCCAGACAAGUAAUCUGGUAACAAGUAGUCAGUGGAGAAGACAAAACAAAAACUAGCUGAUAUAAAUAUUAGUGCUAAGAGAGUUGAAUAAGGUCAGUUUGAAUCUGAAACAUGUCCAACCACUGGAUCAACUUCUCAUAUAAUUAGACUCUGUUAUUUGACCAUAAUCAUUUAAAAUACUUCUAAGGAAUAUUUUAAAGAUCAUCAUCUCUACCGGUACAUUUCCCCAUUAAUAUCAUAAAUAAGAUUUCCCUGACCAUCAAUCUGAGAAUCAUUUGGAAUUUUGAAGUUCCCAAAUAUAAAAUCCAGAAUAAACUAUAUCACAUUGUAACACAUUAUAAUUACAUCAUACAUUAUAAUUACAUUACAUAUUAUAACCAUUUGGUUAUGAAUUUUAGAAAUUAAUGUAAACUUGGUGUAAAAGAAUUGCUUUUAUUUUGCAAAACCGGACCUUAUUUACCUAUUCCAAAAAAUGGCUCCAAAUGCUAAUGUUAACCUCUAGGGGGUGCAGAAGAAUUAAUUUACGUUAACAUUUCUUUCAUCCUCAAUCUGACGAACAUGCUGUUGGCUGCAUGCUUUCAUCUUCCAAAUUCAAGUAUUUUACCAUGAACAACGUAAUAAAUAUACAAUAAAUUAUAAAAUAACAGUGGAUUUUUCAUGAAAUUAUUUUAUAUGAUCUCUUGAUUGUUUCAGCUGCAGUUAAGAAAGCCAUAAUAUUUGUGUGAGAAGUGUUUGAUCUCUCAUUUGCUCUGGAUUUUAAUAAAUCUGGUUUCAUUCUCUGUACACUUUUGAAAAUGUUUAGUUUCAUUGGUGGCAAAAAUGU